AUGGCUAGCUUGGUUGAUAGGCUACGUGUACGACCAGACCAUACACCAGUUUAUACCUAUAGUGAUUCCGAUUCCGAAUCCGAAAUAGACUUUGUUCUCAACAAGGAUCUGACUGCUAAACAGGUUGAAGGGGUAGCCAAAAGGAAACCAGUUAGUCCUCUUAUCAAAAUUGAGAAGAUUCUGAACUGUGAAAAGGAUGAUGAAAACUACAACAAGUAUAGGAGCUCUUUUGAGGUUGGUGGAGAAGAGGAAAUCAACUUAGGAAUAGAAAAAGAGAAGAUCUUGCGUGAGGUUGAUGAUAUGUUUAAGCAACUAGAAAUAGCUUCGCUUGAUUUGGCUGUAGGGCAACGAUAUAAUUGUUGCACAUGGAGAGUUCGAGCUACUUCGAUUGAUAACAGUGGGAAGUUUUAUGUUAGCAUAUACAUAAAAGAGCAUAGUUGCUCAGUUACAGAGCGUUCAUCUCGAUCUCAACAAGCAACUCACCAGAUAUUAGGUCACAUGUACAAAGAGUUCGUCAGUGGUAUUGAUGCGACAGUUAUGCCUAAUCAUGUGGCUCCUUCACUAAACAAAAGAUAUGGCAUUAAGUACUCGGUUAUAAUGUUUAUAAUUGACCAUUUCCAGAUGGAUUACUGGAAAGAGCAUCAGACUCUUAAAACAGCACGUGAGUUGGUGAGAGGCACCGAAGAAAAUAGUUAUGAUGGUCUUCCAACAUACCUGUAUAGGAUAAGGAGAACAAAUCCUGGGACAUAUACAAAUCUAGAAGUUGAUGCAAACAAUUAUUUUAAGUACGUUUUCAUUGCCUAUGGAGCCAGCAUAGAAGGAUUUGCCUUUAUGCGGAAAGUUGUUGUCGUCGAUGGAACAUUUCUCCAUGGAAAAUAUAAAGGUACACUACUUAUUGCUACAACGCAAGAUGGCAAUUUCACAAUAUUUCCCGUAGCUUUUGCCGUUGUCGAUACUGAAAAUCAUGAAUCAUGGGAAUGGAUCUUUAGGCAGCUAAGCAUUGUUAUUCUGGGUGACCAUGUGAUAGCUAUAAUAUCUGACAGUCAUAGAUCUAUAGGUCAGGAAAUAACAAAAGUGUACCCACUUGCUAGUCAAGGGAUCUGCACGUAUCAUUUACACAAGAAUAUACUUCUGAAUUUAAAGGCGCAGAUUCUUUUGGACUGGUUAAGAAGGCUGUGGCUUGCCUAUAAGAGGAAAUUUGCAGCAAAGAUGAAAACAGUUUUAACAAUUGGAGUUGAAAAGUUGUUAGAAGGUCGUGUAGAGCAGGCAAACCAACUCACUGUACAGGAGAUUGAUGCCAAUGAAGCACAAGUCACUUGCGGGUCUUCCCUAAAUGUUGUCAAUUUGUUGCUAAAGAAAUGUACUUGUCGCCGUUUUGACGUCGAUAAAAUCCCUUGCGUGCAUGCCAUUGCAACUGCAGAGGCUGAAAAGAUGUCACAGAUCGAUUUGGCUCACCCAUAUUAUCACACUACUUACUUAUGCAAUGGGUACGCGAAGUCCAUAAUGCCUUGUGAUAUAUCUGUACCUGUUCCAAAUAACUUCUGUGAAAAGGUGUGUCUACCUCAUACGGUGCGGCAACAGCCACAAAUACCAAAGAAAAGUAGGAUUAAGUCAGCUUUGGAUGUGGCUAUGGAGAAAAAACGACCUCAGAAGAUGUGCACUUGCUCGAAAUGCAACAGUGGUGGGCAUAAUCGCCUUACAUGUCCUCUAGAUUAA